AUGCUGAAGCGCGUCGCGAGGGAGGACGCCGCGAGCAUGGGGGGUGCGGCCGCGGGCGCCGCGGGGGCGUCCAUCGCGUCCGCGCCCGCGAUGGGCGUCCCGCGGAGGAGCUACCUCACGUCGCGUGCGACCGGCGACGAAUCGAGGCACCCUCGCGGUGUGCCUCCGUCCGCGGCGGCGCCGGGGCGAUCGUCGGCGCCGAACGCGCCGCCGCCGGCGAUCACGUCGUCGGAGACGUUCCCGGAGCUGGGCCGAGGCGCGCGGACGCGGGCCGGGGGAGAGUACAGCACCGCGGAGCGGUCCGCGAACGCGAGAUCUCGGCAUCAACUCGAGCGCGACGAGCGCGGCGGCGGCGGCGGCGGCGGCGGCGGCGGGCGUAAACCGAACGGGGGGAGGCAGGCGCCCGGAACGACGCGAGGCGUCGAGGGCGCGCGCGCGUUCGCGUCGAACGCGCCGGAAGCGCGCCCUUCCGCGGCGUCGGACUCGACGUCCGGCGACCUCCCGGGAUACGUCUUCAUGUGCUCGAACGGGACGAGGGACGAGUGCCUGUCGAAAAAACUCUUCGGGCUGCCGCACGGGAAACUUCGCUCAAGCUGCAGCACCGCCCGACGGGCGGCGGCGGCGGCGGCGGCGGCGGCGGAAACGGCGGCGGCGAGACGCACUGGAUUCCGGAGAAGUUCCCCACGAGCGUGUACUGGCUCAGCAACGACGUCGGGAGCGAGACGUGGCCGGCGACGGACGAUAAGGUGGAGCGGUUCUUGGACGCGUUCCGCGAGGUCGCGAGGAGGUGAUAGCGGCGCCGCCGCCGCCGGCACGUUCUCGAGCAAGGGCGCGCUCGCGAACGCGUACUCGGACGGCGCCGAGGCGCGAAAGACGUCCGAGGAGGUGGCGGCGUUCUACAUGUCGCAGAUCGAGAAGGAGCGCGCGGAGCGCGUUUCGGCGGCGGCGGCGGCGGCGGCGGCGGGAGGCCCGGGGAGCGCCGCGGCCGCGUCGUCGUCGUCGCUGCCGUCGGGGUGGGAGGAGCGCGCGCGGGUCCGCGACGCGGAGGCGAAGGCGUACGGCGUCGCCGCGCCCCCGGGCCAAACGGCGAGCGGCGGCGGCGGGACCGGAUUCAAUCCGCCCUCUUUGGCGUCGCCGGUCUUCGGCGCCGACCGCCACGCGCGCGCGGCGACGGCGUCGGGGAUGAUAGAUCUGGAAGACGGAACGUCAACCGGCGCGGCGUCCUGUUUGCUGUCCGUCGCCACGCACGCUCUGGAGCAGCUCGCGAGGACGCUCCGCGCGACGCCGACGGCGUUUGCCGACGAGGAGAGAGCCGCGUUCGCGGCGGCGGUGAAGCGAUCGAUGGACGCCGUCGCGCGAUGCCGCGCGUGA